AUGCCAAUAGCAAGAAAUGUAUAUGAAGAUCCAUCAGUUGCAUCCUAUUUCGAUGUAAGAGGUUGGGUUACUAUGCCUCCUCCUCAACACUACAAUAAGAGCGGAAUACUAAGCCAACUUCUUCUGUCAAUUACACCAGAAGAGCCAAAUGUAAAUAAAAAGGGAAGCACUCCUCAUGAACUAGAAUUUCAGGUAUGCAAAUGCUUUGGUGGUAAGAAGUAUCUAAUUGUUUUGGACAACAUUACGAGCAAGCAAACUUGGAAGCAAGCUUUGACUGACAUCAUAGGACUUGUUUCUGAUCAUGGAUUAGUUGGAAGUUACAUAUUAACCACAAGAAACAACUUCAACAAAUAUGACCACAGGAGGGGAUAUAUCCAUAUCCAUAAGAUGACUUUGCUAAAUCCGAAAGAAAGCUGGGAACUAUUUUGUAAUAUCCUUUCUAUUGAUGAAGUGCACUUGGCCCCUAAAUUUGAAAAAAUUAGGAACCAUGUUGUGGAGAAAUGUGAUGGAUUACCCCAAUUAAUUGUUGAAGUUGCCAAGCGUUUAUCUAAAUGCGACAACAUACAACAAGGGUGGAAAAAGAUUGAAAAGGAAUUAGAGUCAUUGGGACUUCUAGAUCGCAAUGCACUCAGUGUUAGUUACAAUAUGUUGCCACAUCAUUUGAAAGUUUGCUUUCUAUACUUUGGAGUCUUCCCAAAACGUAAAAAAAUCCGGGUUAAAAUGCUUAUAAGGUUGUGGAUUGCUGAGAGAUUUGUGAGGCUAUUGAAACAUAAGGAGUUAGAGGAUGAAGCUUAUGAGUACUUAGAAGAGCUUACUGAGAGAAGUCUUCUCUUAAUUUUGAAGAUCGAAGUUGUAACGGCAAAAUAA